CAUUCUAGAUUCAUACAAUCAACGUCACUUAAUGAAAUAACGGAAUAAAACUCAGAUGUUGUUAUAGGAUCAUAAAAUGCAGGAGAUAUAUUGCCAUACAUUUCUAAUGUCAAUUCAAUUGUCAGUUGGUGAGAAAUAAAUGAGAAUGGAGAUUGAAGUUGAAGUAAUCUCCAAAGAGAUCAUCAAACCAUCUUCUCCAACCCCAAACCGUCUCCACCAUCACCAGCUCUCGUUUCUCGAUCAAUUAGCUCCCCAUGCAUACAUGCAAUUUAUCUACUUUUACAGCUCCGACGGCGACGGCACCAAAACCGUCACUCAAAUAUCAAACAUCCUCAAGACUUCUUUGUCCAAAGUCUUAACCCAUUACUACCCGUUAGCCGGCCGAGUCAAACACAAUCUCGUUGUUCACUGCAGUGACCAAGGCGUCCCAUUCUUUGAAGCCAAGGUUAAAUCCCAACUCCUUUCCGAUGUGAUCGCCAACCCUCUUCUCUCUGAGUCUGACCUGAACAAAUUCUUGCCCUUCAAGACAUCUGAAGCUACUGAAAUACCCCUCGGUGUUCAACUCAGCAUGUUUGAUUGUGGAGGAUUUGCAAUUGGCGUUGGUAUGUCGCACAGGAUCGCUGAUGCGUUGUCAUAUUUUAUAUUCGUCAACAAUUGGGCAGCUAUUGCUAAGAAUUGUAGCAAUAUUUUCGUUGCUCCAGAUUUUUCUGCAGCCGCAGUUUUUCCACCAAGAAAUAUGGAAGGGUAUUUAGGGGUUUCUAUAAUCACCAACAGGAAAGCAAUCAUAACCAAGAGGUUUGUGUUUGAUGGGGCAAAGGUUGAGGCUUUAAGAUCGAGAUACCAAGAAAGCAUGGAGUUUUCAAAAACUCAUAAACGCCCUUCAAGAGUUGAGGCCUUAUCAGCUUUCUUAUGGAACAUCUUUCUGUCAUCAAGGCCUAGAGAACCACCUGAAACUACGCAAACUUUGUACACAGCUGUUUGCAUUAUGGAUCUGCGGCCAAGAUUUGAUCCACCAGUGUCUCAAUAUGCUUUUGGGAAUUAUUACAGGGCUGCCACUGCAACUCCAACGUCGGUUAAUGGGGAGGAGCGCCACCGCCUUGUGAGGCAGGUAAUGGAGGAAAUUGAGAAAAUUGACAAUAGUUACAUUAGGAGAUUUCAAGAGGGAUAUCAAGAACAUUUGGAUUUCAUGAGGAAAAGAAUGGAGAGGGCCGUAAUAGGAGAGCUCGUGACGUUAUCCUUUUCGAGUUUGUGUAGGUUUCCUAUGUAUGAGGCUGAUUUUGGUUGGGGGAAGCCUGCAUGGGUGAGCCAGGCUGCCACGGGCAUCUCUAAUCAGAUAGUUUUCAUGGACACCAAAAAUGGUGAUGGAAUCGAGUCAUAUUUUAGCUUGAUGGAGGAAGACAUGGCCAAGUUUGAACUUGACGGAGAGUUCAUCUCGUUGCUUAAGUCCCCAAUUGGUGUUCCCCUAAUUGUUGUAGCCACUCAAUCAUGAGUGCUGGCCAUUCUUCUGCCCUCGAUCUUUUGGCAUACGUCUCCAAGAAUUGGUUCUUCCCCUCCCUCAUUUUGGCCACAAUGUCAUAUAACUCCAAGACAUGAUCAUUAUCCUCGUGAUCGUUGGAUGCUGCAGUGAAGAACCAAGUCAUGUUAGCUACACAGCUUUCGGGAAAUGGAGGUGUUAGCCCCGCUCAGAGGGCCACUAUCUGGAGCAGAUAAGUUGUAAAAGGCACCGGCCCAUUUGACAUUUACGAAAUAGUAGUAGUAGCAGUGUCAGUACGUGAUUUAAUUAAGGUGGAUAUGGCACAUUUGAAAAUGAGUGCAUUAACAACUUCAGUGCAUGUAGGGUUGUGCACUUUGUGGGCAACCAUGGCUUUGAGGGCAGCAAUUUUUGAGGCAUCAAAUACAAAUCUCUUAGUGGCAGAGACACUCUCAUAUUUUGGUGCAUCUUCAUAUUGGAUUCUGGGCAGGUCUCCUGUGGGAAAUGUAGAUGCUGCAUCGAACUCAGGACGCAAUUGAUCACCAUCCGCACAGGCUAUGGCAGCCCAACUUACAAAUUUGAUCAAGGUGGUUGCACCUGUUCAUGUGUAAUAAAUUAGUACUAGGACUUGUGUAAAAGUAAAGAAGUAGCAAAUAAGUGGGACUUUGGAACUGGUUAAGGAGAUAUUUUGUGUGUGAAUGUAAUAUAGUUACAUGGUAUUAUUAAUUCACUUAAAUAAGGAUUAAAAACCCAUUUUCUCCCAUA